CGCGUCGUUCAGGAAUCACGACUCUCCAACUACCGGACACGAGACACCGAUACUUGGUCGAAAAUUUUGGGCAGAAUAUUCGAAUUUAGGGCUCGCAUUGUAAGAACCAGUCUUCUAGAUUUACAUGCAAAAAUCAUAUUUUUUAUACAAACCGGUCGUUUACGCUUCGAAUUUAUCUUUGGUAGACCUCUGUUCGUUACACAGAGAUAUCAUCUGCACUAUUGGAGGCGACUUUAUACCAUACUACUCAGCAGUGAGCAAGAAAGUUACCAUAUCCAAACGCAAGUUACCCAAUGAAGUUCCUAGAAUACACCCCGUUUGAUAGGUUGAAUGAUUUCUUGAGUCAUUUGAAUCUUGGAGAACGUACCAUCAAGGGAUGCCUUGAAGCUUAUUCUUGUAAACAUACAGGAAUAGAUAAGAAACUAUCUUUAAGCUUGGAGAAUGAGAUUCUCGACUAUCUUGGGAAAUCAUCUGAUGCCGACUCUUCUUCACCAGAUGAAUUUUUAUUGAGCAGAUCAAGUCGAAAGACACUGAUAUACUUGGUUCUCACUCUCAAUCAUGUGUACCCGGAUUAUGACUUCAGUGCUAUGCAAGCUCACCAGUUCUUUACAGAGGAAAGCUGGGACAGUUUUAAGCAAAUAUUUGAUGCUUAUAUGUUAGAAGCAUCUAAGGAAUGGAUUGAAAAUAAUGAGGGUGGUUCUUUACUGGAAAUGACAUAUAAGGCUCUUGAUGAGGCUGUAAAACUAGCGGAGUGUGAAAUCUACAGUUACAACCCUAAUUCUGAUGCUGAUCCCUCAAUAGAAAGAGGGGCAAUAUGGUCCUUCAAUUUCUUCUUCUAUAAUCGAAAGUUAAAGCGCGUUGUUAGCUUCCGCUUCUGGUGUUUAAGUACUUUGGUGGCCGAGGGAUUUCAUUUGGACGGGACGGGUUAUGAGGAAGAUGGAGAUAUCUUUGAUAACAUGGAUAUCUGAGACACAUAGUACUGUAAGCAAUUUGUGCAUAAAUGGAAGACUUCUUGAAUGAAUUAGCUGAUUCUCGAUUCCUUAACUAACUAUUGAAGCCACAUGGUUUUUGUGUUAGGUUCAUACUUUCGCUUGAACCAUGUUCAUAUGGUGGGUUGAUGUUUAUUCUUGUAUAUAGGAAUAAAAUUUACAAUCCAUCCUUUCAACAUGGGUGGAUCAGACAUUGUAAUGGAAAGUAUAUUUUAAUUUUUAUGUUAGUUGAGCUAGCUCACUUCGGUUUUUAGAGAAUUUGUAGUAGAAAAUUGAGCUCCGUGGUAUAUUAUAUAUUAUAGAGUUACUUUUGUGUUGAA